GGCAAAAAAUCAAAACAGAUACAGUACAUAAUGGAAGAUAUGGAGUAGUCUAUAAAAUGUAUGCACCUAUCCUAAGUCUCCAAGAGUAAGAAACUAAAAAAGCUAGUAGAAGAGAGAGAGAGAUUGUAGUGUAUUUUAACAUGGCUAAGUCACCGGAAGAAGAGCACCCAAUUAAAGCUUUUGGCUUUGCUGCUACUGAUUCGUUUGGUUUUCUCUCUCCUUUCCAUUUUUCUAGGAGGGAAAAUGGUCCUGAAGAUCUCAGCAUUCAAAUCUUAUUCUGUGGAGUUUGCCAUUCUGACUUGCAUUCUUUGAAGAAUGACUGGGGUUUCACUAGAUAUCCCAUUGUUCCUGGGCAUGAAAUUGUGGGUAUUGUCACAAAAGUUGGGGAUAAUGUGAAGAAAUUCAGAAUUGGACAGAAUGUAGGCGUCGGUGUCCUUGUAGGCUCCUGUGAGAAAUGUGAAUCCUGUGAGCAAGACUUGGAAAACUACUGCCCGCGUAUGAUUUUCACCUACGGCGCCACAGAUAAAGAUGGGACGAGGACUUAUGGUGGCUAUUCUGAUAAGAUCGUUGUUAACCAGCGAUUUGUACUGAAGAUACCUGAUAAUCUGCCUCUUGAUGCUGCUUCACCCCUCUUGUGUGCUGGGAUCACGGUAUACAGUCCUAUGAAGUAUUAUGGAAUGGUGGUGAGUGGGAAGCAUUUGGGAGUUUGUGGAUUAGGCGGGCUUGGUCAUGUUGCUGUCAAGUUUGGGAAAGCCUUUGGACUGAAAGUUACUGUCAUUAGUUCCUCCCCUGGUAAAGAGGAUGAAGCUCUCAGCAGACUAGGCGCAGAUGGCUUCCUUGUCAGCACUGAUGCUGCAAAAAUUAAGGCUGCAAUGGGGACAAUGGACUUCAUUAUUGACACCGUCUCUGCGGUGCAUUCAUUACUUCCUCUGCUUGGCUUACUGAAGCUGAACGGGAAGCUUGUUACUGUCGGUCUCCCAAACAAACCCCUGGAGCUUCCUGUAUUCCCCUUGGUUUUUGGCCGAAAGCUUAUCGGAGGAAGUGAUUUAGGAGGGUUGAAGGAAACACAGGAAAUGCUAGACUUCUGUGGAAAGCAUAACAUCACUGCAGACAUAGAACUCAUCAAAAUGGAAGAGAUAAACACAGCUAUGGAACGCCUUGCUAAGUCUGAUGUGCGCUACCGUUUCGUUAUCGACAUAGCCAAUUCCUUAUCAGCUUGCAAAACAUAGAAAUCUCAGUUCAACUAUUGUCAUGGAUCUUGUGAGAUCCCUAUUAUAGGCUAGUUGAAAAUCUUGGUUUAAUAGAAGUCUGAAACUAUAAUAAAGUUGGGUCUUUGAAUUAUCUUAUGUUAGAUAUGAAAGUAUAUUUAGUCUGUUUUACUGAAUUUUCUUUGUUAGUGAUUUUGACAUCUUUAACUAGUUUUGCAAUGUUAGGAUUGUAGACGAACUAGUUAUGUUGACAAAAGUACUUCAUUUUAUUCACUCUUUGAUCAUACUAAUCAGUAUGCGAUGAUCAAAUUAAA